AUGACUGUACUUGAAGCAGUACGAGUUGUUCAACAAAAUUUGAUUAAUUUGCUAAGGCAGUACGAAAAUAUUCCUCAAUCGGUCCAAGAGAAAGAUCUCCCUUUUUUUCAAUCUAUCAUUGUUGGUUUUGACAGAGUAGGACAGGCCCCUCAGAUAUUCUUUUUAACAUCACAGCUCUUUGAAGCAAAUCCCCUUAAAGGAUAUCCAAGAACACCGAUUUCUAAAUGCAUAGAAACAGAUACUUGUGCCAUUGGAACUGGUUGUGAAACUUUUGAAUCAUUUUGGACUUCCAAUUUUCUUCCAAAGAAGAAAAAGAUAGAUAAAGAUAAAGUUCGAGAGUGGUUUUAUGUUGAGGAGGAGUGGAAGGAGUGGAAGGAGUUUGCAGAUGAGGAGAGUUUUGUCACCAAUCCACGUCUUCGCUUGACUGUUGAGGAAGCUAUUCAUAGGUGUAAUAGGUGUGUUUGCUACUCCAGUUGCCGUGAUGAAACUUCAGGAGGUUAUGUAGCAACAGACGUGAUGGGUACGGGACAGAGGUUUCUUGUCCAAAAGGAGUGGAUAAACACUUAUUUGGAGAAGGAGAGUAUGUUGCUUCCCCUAAUGGACCCCCCCUCGGGCAAGAGACAAAGCAAAAAUUGA